UGGGGUAAAGUCCCCGUAGUCUGAUCAGACCACACUUUCUGCGUAAACAGGUGUUUCAGGAGGUAAUGCAAUCUCAAAGUACAUGUCUUCUAAGAAUAGUCAAUUUCGCAAUCAACACUUAUACCUGUUAAGGAGAACGCGGCACGCGCGGAACAUCCGGGUUACCGUUAUAUAACCCAGCACCAAGCACUCCGGGGUAGAAGGCGGGUAGGACUCACCACUACAAGACUUCACAAUGACGGGUGCCACGACAUGGUUGAUGCUGACAGCUGCCGUCAUGGGUGUCGCCCUCGCGGUGGACCUGACGAUGUCUCCCGGGGCUGAUGGGAAGGUCGUCGUCGACGCCGUUAUAGACAGGAUCAGAUCUAAAUGCAUCUUCGGGGACGACCGUCUGUUCCUGCGACGUCUUGCCUACGUGGAGACAUCCGAUGGCGAAGAUUCCAUAACGUACCGUGGGGGCUACCACGGGGGUGUAUGGCAGAUCGACGAAGACAAGUUCAAUCUGACACGAACGUGUUCCAACUACAUAAGGGAUGAAUGUGACGUCAUCGAAUCCGAGUUUAACAUUGACUGGCGCAAUGCAACAUGGGAAGACCUGAGGAAGCCCCUGUAUUCCGGCCUGGCUGCGUCGCUGUAUAUUAAAUAUCGAUCCGGGUCUCGUGACACACCAGCCGACAUAACCUCUCAAGCCUCGUUCUGGACACGGUACAUGCGCACUGGAGGCAACCGUGCGGCAUUCGUUACAAAGGCCAGGAAUUUACCAGGGAUGGACUGUAAGACUGAGCUGGAUCUGGCAUUCAUCAUUGACGGGUCUGGGAGUGUCUCUUCCACAAACUUCCGGCGGAUGUUGGCCUUCAUCAAUGACGUCAUAGAUGACCUGAACAUAGAUGACGACGAGAUCCACGUCGCUGCUCUGGAGUUCUCCACUGUUGUUGGAGAUAUAAUCACGUUCGACAGCUUCACCACCAAAGCAGCUCUCACAUCGUCCAUCUCGAGAAUCAGGAAAGGUAGCAGUGGCACGAGGACUGACCGCGCCAUCCAGGAAGCAGGCGCCACCCUGUUCAACACAACAACAGGUGCUCGGCCACACGCGAAGAGAGUGGCCAUCCUGCUGACCGACGGCGCGUCCAGUGCACGCCAGCUGACAGUUGCUGCUGCCCAGACAGCGAGAGACCAGGGCAUCACCUUCUUCUCUGUUGGCGUGGGCAACGUCAAUGACGUCGAGCUGGCCAACAUCGCCAGCAGCCCUAACUGUACUCAUGUGUUUAUCCUCAACAACUUCCUAGAGAUCGACUCUCUGUUAUAUCAGCUGAAAGACAGCUCCUGCUCAGCUCCAAAGAUUAUCUCUGAUACCGACAUCUCAGUGGUGAAAGUCCUCCCUGAGAACCAGACAGUGACCGACAUCUACGUGGCACAAGUCCCCACCGGCAGCAGCGGCUCCAACGGGAGCACGACGACUACAUCUGACGGGGAUCAGAACCAGGUUACAGUGCUUAGGUCCGAGGUUCACUGUGGCAGCCUGGAGAUCUACGCCUCCUACAACACGCCCCGCCCCGGCCCCGCCUUCUUCGACAUGCGGGACAACGCAAGGGAGGGGAGGCCAUCCGUCAUCUACCUCAACACUACACGUCAAGGGAGACCACUCUACGUUACAGUCAUCGGAUCACGUGUCCCCGUGUCUGCUGCUGACGUCACACGCUGUGCGCAUGCUUCCUACAACGUGUCUAUCACCACAGCACCAACAAGAGUCGAGGUGGUGUGUCGGGUGGGGCAGACAGAGCGGACGUGUACGGAGGGGGAUCUCAGAGAGAGCCGCUACAACAACCUCCUGUGUCAAGACACCUGGAAUCACGUGACUAAUCCCUGCCGGACCGGUGUUGUGUCCACGCAUCCCCAUCCAUCGGACCUGACAAAGUUCAUCCGCUGUGAUGUCACAGGCAAAAUGUACAUCACCCAAUGCCCGAGCAACGAGACCUACAACGAGAACACCGAGAGUUGCGGUCACGAGGCCCUAGGGGGAGGCAACUCGUCUCGUCUCCCUAGCAACGUUCAAGACGUGUGCACAGCCGCGAACCUGGCGCGAGGGCAGUUCUACUUCCCCUAUCAAAGCGACCAGUCAAAGUAUGUCCAGUGCGACGUGUGGGGCCGAGCGUGGGUCAAGCCCUGUCCUGACGGCCUCACCUGGAACGACCAUCACUCCACUUGCUCCCACGCCUCCGCCGCUACGUCAACCUCCGACCCUUGCAACUCCACCAACAACGGACAACGCUUCCCACAUAGUGAGGCUAGCAAGUUCAUCUCGUGUGCCCAUGGUAACGGUGUUGUGAUGUCUUGCCCGGCGGGUCUGGUGUUUAACGACCAGAUUAAGGCGUGCGACUGGCCCCAGGGUCGGUAACCAGGCACCAAGUAUAUAUCAUUUAUUUUUCACCAAUAUGUUUUAUUUUAUAUGUGAUACAUGGCUCUGUACGCAUUAUGUUAAUCAGAUCAACUAUACAUACACAAAUAUUAUCUUUUGGUUAAAUACCUCCUUGUUAUCCUGAAAACCGACCCGCUUCAUUUUAAGGACUAUAUCGCUGUAGACAAUAGUUGCUCCCAACAAACGCGUCAAGACACUGCUUAUCUGGACCACGCUGGAUUGAUUGAAGGAACAAGUCACACCUCGAACGUACUUUCCCUCUAAGUGAGUAGUGUUUUACGCCGUUUGAAAUUUACUUCAGCAAAAUCACGGCGGGGGACACCGGAAAUGCGCUUCACGCAUUGUUCUCAUGUAGGGAAUCGAACCCAGGCAUUCGGAGUGACGAGCGAAAACUUUAACCCCUGGACUCCCGCUGUCCCUCUCCAAAACCAGUACACCCUUAAUGGGGAUUGGACGUAAUGACUCCAAGGCACCAUUGAAAUUUGUUGGAGUUUAUGAAAAUCUAAACAUUUGGUGUCAAGUUUAAGUCCAAUUAAAACCAACUUCACAUUAUGUCUGUCAAAAAAAAAAUAUAUACUUGAUUUACCUUGCUUAUGAAACACGACUCCAUGAUAAAGACAGUUAGACCAUGACAGCAGUUUGUCUUGUGUUUGACUAUGUUUGUGUGCUUACUGAAACACAGUUGACCGUCUUCCUGAGUAGGUUGACCUGUACCUUCAUGUGUUUAAGUAACAUGGGUGGUAUUGUUUUGAGGUAGUACUCACAAUACGAGAUCAUGUUUAUUGAAUGUAGUUUUGAAAAAAUAUAUGUUUGAAAUAAAUCAGUUUUCAGUU